GGCGUCUGUCACGGCGUCGGUACUACGACUGGCAGCUGGAACAGUCCAGCAUUCGACGACAAGAUGGCGGCGCCGAAGAAGAGCGAGGCCAUCCGCCUGGCCGAGAGCUGCAAGUGGGCCGAGCUGCGUGUGCUCGUCGAGCGCGAUCCCGCGGCCGCGCAGGACCGCGACCGCUAUGGCAUGAUCCCGCUGCAUUGGGCUUGCACCGACAGCCAUACGCCGCAGGAGCUGCUCAUGCUGCUCCUCAAGGCGUACCCGCAGGGCGCGCGCGUCUUCAACUCGGGCAAGAUGCUACCAUUGCACAUUGCAAUCAAGGCGCAGGCCAACGUCGAGUGGCUCCAGGCGCUCCUCGCCAAUUACCCCGAGGCUGUCCUCGUCAAGACGCCCGUCAACGAAGACGUCUUGUCGCUCGCGAAGAAGUCGCGGCUGCCGCCACGCACGAUCCACCUCCUCGAAGAGAUGCGCGACCACGUGCAAAAGAUGCACGGGUCCCGCGAGAGCUUCCCCGAGCGCCUCGGGUCGCAGUCCAGCGAGCCCGGCGAUGACAACGUGCUCGACGACGACCAUGCGAUGCCGCGCAAGUACAGCAACGGGCUGCAACGCCCGGCGUCGCACUCGGCGCCCGCCUUCCGCAACACGGCGUCGUCCAGCUACGGCUCGCAGCGCAGCUACAACGAUUCGCUCUCGGAAAACCACAUGCCCAUGAACAUGCAGAUCCCCAUGGAAGUCGAAGAGCAACCGUAUCUGCUCGAUCCGCAAGCGCGUCGGUACUCGAACCGCCUCGUCGUCUCGCUCCCGCCUCGGUGGCAGAAUGCGCCCAACUGCCACAUUUGCUCGUGCAAGUUUGGCACAUUCAAGAAGCGCCACCACUGCCGCAACUGCGGACAGUCGAUCUGCACCGACCACUCGGCCAAGCAAAAGCUCAAGUUGCCGCACUUUGGCUUGACAUCGCGCCAGCGCGUCUGCGUCCUCUGCCAUGACGCGCUCACGCGGGUCGAAGCCCCAAUGCUCGACACGCAGCACGUGGUCGCCAGCGCGCGGGGUGCGCCUCUAUACUCGCAGCGCGCAAAUUUGCCCGGUACGAUGACGCGCACGCAGUCAACGGGUAGCAUGUCGGGCAGCUCGUCGCGCGGGUAUGUGCCGCCGCCGCCGCCACCGCCGCACCGCACGUACAGCGCGUCGUCGUCGCGCUCGGACGACAUGUCCCCGCACAUGUACCCGCAGAUGCUGCAAGCGCCAAGCAACUACGCGGACAAGGACACGAUGCUCGAGGACAUGAACAUGCAAGUCAUGCUGCUCCAGCAACAAGUGUCCAAGCUCAUGGAAGAGAAGCAGCAGGCCGAGGCCCUCCUCCUGCGACACACGAGCCUCUCCGAGUCGGCGAGUGCGCGGAAUACAGAAGACUCGAGCUUCUCGCGCGCGCAGGACCUCGGGCUCUCGAUCACACGGGAUCCGUCCAUGCUGGGGCUCACGCCGCAGCCCGUGACGACGGCACCCGCGACGCCGCCGCCUCUCUCGCCCGUCGCGCACAUGGAGCCGCCGCUCUCGACCACCUACUCUGACACGUCCGAGACGUACACGUAUGACAUUCGGGAGACGUCGCUGACGGACCAUGACACGCGUGACACGUAUUUUGAAUUCCGCGAUACCGCGUACAGCUUGGACGAUCGGGAAACGUUUGUCGCCAAGUAUCUCAAGCCGACAACACCGGUGGCCAACUUGGCCAACAUCUCGGAGAGCCCCGAGUCGUCUGCCGUCCGAUUCGACGACAAUGACCAAGAAGAAGAAGACAACAUGUCGGUGCACGACCUCGUCGACGAUGACAUUCCGCGCGUCACCGACGACGACGACGCGGCGCACGAAGAAGACAUUCAGGAAGUCGACACCCUCGUGACGCUCGGGAUUGCGAUGCUGCAAAAAGGGUCGGCGAGCGGCGCGGUGGCCGCCUUUGAGCGAGCGGUGGAGCUGCUGCCGCAGGACCCGCUCCUCUAUUCGUACCUCGGGAAAGCGUAUUAUGCGGACGAGGACCUCGACCGCGCAGUGCUCGCUCUCGAGCGGUCGCUGGAUCUGGUCCCGUCGGCCGCCAACUCGACGCUGCUCGGCAAGAUCCUCUUUGAAAAGGGCGACCACGACAAGGCCAUUCUGGCCUACCAGAGGUCGCUGGAGAUCCAGCGUGGCAACUAGAUGUGUGGAGCUAAUAAUAUUCGACGAGGUUAGGGUUACACAUA